AUGGCCUUCUCUGGAUUUAUCCCGGAUUUUUGGUGUAAAAACGGUGUGAAUAACAUAACGAACGACGACAAUGGUACUAACCUUAAUUCGUGUAGUAACAAUAUAUCGAUGUGUGAUCGAGAAUUCGAUAUGAGUAAACUGACCAUCGUAAAUGAGUGGGAUCUGGUUUGUGAGAAUCGAUGGAUCAGUUUCACAAUAACAACCGUCCAGAUGACAGGUGCCUUAAUAGGAGCUUUUGGAAUUGGUUACGCUGGCGAUAGAUUUGGACGAAGGAUCAGUCUCUAUACCAUUCUAUUCCUGCAUGGGAUCUUUGUAGCUGUCAGUGCCUUUUCUAAUUCAUGGCAACUGUUUGCUGCUAUGCGGUUUGGUAUCGGAAUGGUUGGUGGUGCAGUUAGCGUAGUCAAUUUUAUAGCUGCCGUUGAGUUUGUUGGCAAGGGAUGGAGAGCUUUGUUAGGUGCUAUUCCUGUGUGGUCCGGAGCUGCUCCAUGUUUAGCCCUGAUAGCUUACCUGUUUCCAAAUUGGCGGCAUCUUGAAUUCUUCAUUUUUGCUCUAAACACCUUAGUGUUGCUUGGAUUUUUCAUUGUUCCAGAAAGUAUACGUUGGUUAACUGUUAAAGGGAGGAUUGAAGAAGCGUCUGCAAUAGCUUGUCUUAUUGCCGAAAGAAGCAAAAAGCCACCACCUGACACAGCAGUGAUACAAAAAAUUGCCGAAGAAGAGCAAUCACGCAAUAGAUAUUUUUCCAGUUAUAGUUUCAUAGAUUUAGUGCGUGGUAAAAGAAUAAGACUGAUAACCUUAAGGGUAUGGUAUACGUGGUUUGCUUCCGCAUUAGUAUACUGGUCUUUAGUAUUUGGUGUUCAGAAUAUGUCUGGUAAUUUUUAUCUCAACUUUUUCUUGGUAUCGGUCAUCGAGAUUCCUGCCUCAUUGAUUAUUUUAUUAUGGAUUGACAGAAAGAAUUUUGGAAGAAGGCGAUCGAUCGUCUUAGCGAAUUCAUUAACAGCAUUCAGUGCACUUGGGGCAGCAAUAGCCACCUUAACAGCACCAGAAAGUUCAAAGGCCUAUUAUGUCAAUAUAUGUGUAUUGAUUGCUAAGUUUUGUGUAACAAGUGGUUGGUCUAGUAUGUCUCCAUUCACCACCGAAUUAUACCCAACUGUAAUAAGAAUUUUGGGAUAUGGUAGUGCUGGCACUGUAGCUAAAGUUGGUGGUAUUUUUGCUACUCAAGUAGUUGCAUUAGCUGUAAAGGAAGGUUAUUUACUAUACGUUAUUAUUUGUGUGUUGAUGAUAAUAGAUACUGCUUCAAUACUCACACUACCAGAAACACGGGGCGAGGCAUUACCUGAUACUCUGUUUGAAAUUACCAAACACAGAGACACACAAGAUAAAUGUUCAGUCGAAAGUGGAGAUGAGCAAAAUAAAACUGUCUUGCUUUGA